GACGACCGCCCAGCGAAGCUGCGGCGGCUGUCCCGCCUUCGCGCGGAACUGCCAUUCAUGCAUUGUAAUGCGAUGGCGCAAUUCCUGGCGUCCGUUAAGCGAGACGGAAUCCCCGAAUUGGGAUCCCGACGCCAGGAUAUCAGAGACGCUCGGGAGCUCAUGGUCGGUGAGAACACGCCGUGCGGCAAGCUCCACCAGAACAUGAUAGUCGGGCAGCACACGGUGGAGAUCUGCAGUCCAGCAGCAAUGCUGUGGUAUUGCAGCGCCCUCCCCGCGAUGCAGCCUCUGUGGCAGCGGGCGCUGGAGCUGCCACGCCCGUGGCACAUCAUCAUUUACGGCGAUGAAAUAGGCGCUGGCAACGCGCUGGCGCACGCGCAGAACCGCAAGUCCUGGGGCAUCUACUGGGCGAUCGCGGAAUUCGGCCCGCGGGAUGCGCGGUUCCAGCUCGCGACGAUGCGGGCCAAGACCGCGAGCGACAUCCAGCCGCGCGGACUGGCGAUGCUACUGGACGCAAUCCUCGCGCAGUUCUGGCCUGAUCAGGGGCGCAACUUCAGCGCAGGCAUCAGCUUGCGGCUGCGCCCCGACGGCGCGACGGAGCUCAUCCAGAUGGACCUCGGAAUUUACAUGCAGCCGCUGCAGCGGUCGCCGCAUAGCACCCAAUAUUAG